GUCCGUGGAAGCAGGUGCGGGUCCGCGGCCGCUCGCUGGCCUCCAGCCAGGAGGCCCUGACUGGCCCGAGGGUCGGCCGGGUGCCCAGGCCCUGGGGGUCUCAGGAGGAUGGAGUGACGGAGGCAGGAGGAGCCGGGGAAGGCCAGAGAGAGGUGGGAAGUGUGGGGUUCCAGACCUUUGGAUUUUCGGUCCCAAAAUAUUUAAAACAUCGUUGGUCACAGAUAAAGUAUCGCUAACUUUUUCAACACAGUGGAGACUUCAGCGUGUAGCUGGUACAUAGUGGGAAUGGAAAACCCCCGAGGAGGGAACCUCGGAAACACCAGGAUUUAGCAGGUGGUGAAUGCUGUGAUGGACAUAUGCCCCGUGCUCCACGGUCACCAAGGCCACGUGCCCAAGAUUGUCAGAGUCUGAGGGUGCAGGGAAGAGGGGACAUUUGAACUGAGUCUGAGCAAGUGGCCAUGUGAGAAGAGUGGGGACCAGUCAGGAGGAAGAAACAGCAGCAUGUAAUCUGAGAGCAGUAAGUGUGUCCCAAAGAGAAACAGUCACUAGGGGUGAGCCCGGACCCACAAUGGAUAUUCCCCCGGCAGCCAAGCUGGGUGAGGCCUUCGUGUUUGAGGAUGGGUUGGAGAUGCAGACAAACCUUUUCCCGGAGGAGGACCCGGGGGACCCUUUUCUUCAGGAAAGGGGUUUAGCACAGAUGGCUGUCAUCUACAAGGAGAUCCCUCUGGGGGAGCAGGACGAUUAUGAGGGGAAUAUCAGUCUGUGCUCAAGCCCCAUCCAGCAUCAGAGCAUCCCCCCAGGAGACAGACCCCAGGACGAUGAGCCGUCCAGCCCAACCUUCCUCCAGAAAUCAGACCUGAGUAUGUGCCAGAUAACCCACAGCGAGGAAGCGUCUGGUAAGCCCGAUGGGGAGACGGCGGGCAGGGGGGACUCGGGACCCGAGGGGCCUCACAGGACUGCACAGCCAGCCAAGCCCUACGUGUGUCGCGAGUGCGGCAAGGCCUUCAGCCAGAGCUCACACCUGCUCAGGCACCUGGUGAUCCACACGGGGGAGAAGCCCUACGAGUGCUGUGAGUGCGGCAAGGCCUUCAGCCAGAGCUCGCACCUGCUGCGGCACCAGGCCAUCCACACGGGGGAGAAGCCCUACGAGUGCAGGGAGUGCGGCAAGGCCUUCCGCCAGAGCUCUGCACUCGCGCAACACCAGAAGACCCACACCGGGAAGAGGCCGUACGCGUGCAGGGAGUGCGGCAAGGACUUCAGUCGGAGCUCGAGCCUCCGGAAGCACGAGCGCAUCCACACCGGGGAGAAGCCCUAUCAAUGUAAGGAGUGCGGGAAAUCCUUCAACCAGAGUUCGGGCCUGAGCCAGCACCGGAAGAUCCACACGCUGAAGAAACCGCACGAGUGCGAGCUCUGUGGGAAGGCCUUCUGCCACCGGUCCCACCUCAUCCGGCACCAGAGGAUCCACACAGGCAAGAAGCCGUAUGCAUGCGAGGAGUGCGGGAAGGCCUUCAGCCAGAGCUCCAACCUCAUCGAGCACCGCAAGACGCACACGGGCGAGAAGCCUUACAAGUGCCACAAGUGCGGCAAGGCCUUCAGCCAGAGCUCCUCGCUCAUCGAGCACCAGCGCAUCCACACCGGCGAAAAGCCCUACGAGUGUGGCCAGUGUGGCAAGGCCUUCUGCCAUAGCUCGGCCCUCAUCCAGCACCAGCGCAUCCACACGGGCCGGAAGCCCUACGUGUGUAAUGAGUGCGGCAAGGCCUUCCGGCACCGCUCGGCCCUCAUCGAGCACUACAAGACCCACACGCGGGAGAGGCCCUACGAGUGCAACCGCUGCGGCAAGGCCUUCCGGGGCAGCUCGCACCUCAUCCGCCACCAGAAGAAUCCAGAAGAAGAAUAAACGUCAGAGGGAGAAAGUGGAGUUAAACCCAUGAAAAUGUCAGAUGAGCUCUAACAUCAGGCACUUUUAGAAGAAGUAACCGUGUUCGCGGUCCAAUCAACUGAAGGAAAAUGGAUCCAAAGUAGACGCGUCAGCAGCCCACCUCGGGCACUGGUGGGGACGGCCAGCUCAGGUGACAGAGCAGAGGGAGGGUCUGGAGGACUCAUCUUGGGUGUGGGGGUAAGGCCCCCUUGUGCUCUCUCAGCCCUUGACGUGGGUUAGCUGAGGGCGGUUCUGGCCGGCAGCUCUUCCAGGAGGUGGAGGCGUGGUCCUGGAGGCCGGCGGAAGGUGCAGCCUGGCUCUGGCUCAGCCCGGGCAAAGGCUCACUGCCCACCCGGGGGUAACCCUCCACCAGACCUAGGGCCCCAACCACAGUGUGCCUUGGACAUCAUCGGGGCCCGUCUCUGGUCGGUGCUUUGCAGCCUCCCCUCCACCCUCCAGUGCAAGGGGAUAGAAGGUGAUUCGGUCAGGUCUGGGUUCAAGUUCCAGUUCUGGCCCCUCCCUCACCUUGGUGACCCCUUCCGUGAGGUGGGCAUAUUGGGACUGGCCACAUUCCCCUAAGGGCUGGCGCAAGGCUCCUGUUCAGAGUGGGACCACGCAUGAACGUGCUUUGUCGGCUGGCGAUUGAGGAUGGAGACCCACAGUGACCGCUGCCCCACCUGCAGGGGAGGUGCAUCCCUGUCUGGUUCCCGACAUGGCAGGGACCCCCACUUCAGCCAGGCUUUCCCUCCCUCCCUCCCUCCAGCUUGUGUCCUGGGUGCGGCGCCCUGGGCACGGCGCCCUGGGCAGGACACUUCCUGCACACCAUCCCCGCAGCGGCAGUGUGUCUGCGUCCUGUCCUUCUCUCUGUCCUCCCCACUGGGGGUUGUUUAAUGGGGACCAUUGUCUGCGUCCUGCCCUGACCAGUUCAGUUGGGCAUCCCCAGAGGUGGGGCUCCGACAGUGGCAUGUUUUUAAAGCUCCCCAGGUGAUUAGAAGGUUCCCCUGCAUAGCAGGCUGUGAGCCCAUGCUGGCUCCCAGGCAGCCCCAGCAUCUCCCAGAUGGCAUCGUCCAGAGCAGAGCUUGAAGGUGGCCAUCCUGUCUCAGAUCUCUGCCCACCACCCCAGGGAUUGGCUCAGGCAGUGCCGUGUCUGGUUGGUUGGUAAGCGUUUGUCCCAGGCCUUUGUGUGUCCACGAGGAUCUUUAGUUCUGGCUCCCCGGGCUCCUCAGAGCUAGUGUGGGGAGUUCGCAGUCAGAGCUAUUUUGAAGCUUUCUGAGUCUCUGGCUGAAAUCCCACGAACCCAUCAUGGUCACACUAGUUAUUUCAGCUUAUGAGAAGCUCAGCUGGGCAGCUGUGUAUAGUUUAGAUGAAUGAAAAUGGGAAAGCCAUAGUGGUUACUUCUUAAGUGGAACUUGGUAGGCCAGAGAUGGUAAAACGACAGGUCUGUUGGGCUGGGAAGAUCGGCUCUGUCCAGCUCCUCUCUGCUGUGUGAGUCUGUGGAGCAUUGAACCAGCUCUCCAGGCCCCAGCAGAGCCUCUGCAUGAGCAGGUGGACCAGCCCGACCGGGCAGUGCCAGGCACUGUCUGCAGGCAGCCUGCACGGAUGGUCUUCGGUCACCAGUGAGAGUACUGACACCCCUGCUCAGUGCAGGUGGGACAUUAUCCCCCCAAGAUCUACCUCCUCACCCCCUGCUGUCCCCGCAUUCAGCCUCAGCCUUGCCAGUUGUCUGCUUCCUACCUUUGAUGUCUGUCCCUGCACACUGUGCACCAGCCAAAUUUUUUUUUUCAGGCAUCACUUUGCACAUGUCACCACUCUCCUUAAAACCAACCUUCAGGGGUCUUCUGCACGUAAACCCCCAUUUUAGCCAGCCUGGGUUACCCGCGCGAGCAACCGUCUCGGUGUUCCCACCACGCCCAGAUGCACCCCACUCACGCCCAGCUUCUCAGCUCAUUUAUGCUGUUCUCACAUUUUUGAAUAUGCACUUUUUCUCUUCCUCCCCCACAUUCCCCUUUCUUCCUUUUGACUAUGUAACAUGGAGAUUAAGACCCCCUUUCUGAAGGGUUGACAGACUCUCACAAAACCAUGGUCAGACCAGGCAGGUACUUUCUUUGUAGGAAGUGUGAGCAGAACCUUGUUCUUUCAGUUCAAAUUCUUUCACUGAUUUCUUAUGUAUUUUUAUUUUUUAAUUUUUUUUAUUUUUAUUUUUUGCGGUACACGGGCCUCUCACUGUUGUGGCCUCUCCCGUUGCGGAACACAGGCUCCGGACACUCAGGCUCAGCGGCCAUGGUUCACGGGCCCAGCCGCUCCGCGGCAUGUGGGAUCUUCCUGGACCAGGGCACGAACCUGCGUCCCCUGCAUCGGCAGGCAGACACUCAACCAUUGCGCCACCAGGGAAGCCCUGUAUUUUUAAAUCUUUUCAUUUAUUUAGGUUCUCAAACAGUGUGAUGUUAUAAGAGAUCAUCUUGGUAAUAUUUUAAUCAUCCUUGAGUUUAGUUGUUUGUUUUUGUUGUAUUGUCUUACAUUUUUUCCUUCUUCUAGUUGUUGAGUGUUGAGCUCCAGUUCUUGGUUCUGUUUACUAAUUGAAUUGUUUGUCAAAGUACAUGUAUUCUGCUCUUUUCUUUCUUUUUUUUUUUU